CAGUCUCUUCAGAAAGGCUCAGUCCCCAGUCUGAGUCAGAGCUAGGGACCAUGCCGUCCCAGGCUCAAGGGUAAAAACCAUCGGGCCCAAGUGCCAUCCAUAUUCCAUCUCCAGUCUUCCCUCCACAAACUGGGAUUCAUCCCUGCUGAAAAGCACAGUCUAAGAGCAAGGGAACAAAAAGCCAUGCUUUCACAUAAUACCAUGGUGAAGCAGAAAAAACAGCAAACAUCAGCCAUCAUGAAGGAGAUCCAUGGAAAUGAAUUUGAUGGCAUGAACCUGGGCAAAAAAGUGAGCAUCCCCAGAGACAUUAUGUUGGAAGAAUUAUCCCAUCUCAGUAACCGUGGUGCCAGGCUAUUUAAGAUGCGACAAAGAAGAUCUGACAAAUACACAUUUGAAAAUUUCCAGUAUGAAUCUAAAGCACAAAUUAAUUACAAUACUGCCAUGCAGAAUGAGAAACUGGAUGGAAGCAACUUGGAAGGUGGUUCACAACAAGCCCCGUUUACUCCUCCCAACACCCCAGAUCUACGAAGUCCCCCAAAUCCAGAAGACAUUGCACCAGGAUACUCUGGCCCACUGAAGGAAAUUCCUCCUGAGAGGUUCAACGCCACAGCUGUCCCUAAGUACUAUCAGUCGCCCUGGGAACAGGCCAUUGGCAGUGACCCAGAGCUUUUGGAGGCUUUAUACCCUAAACUUUUCAAGCCUGAAGGAAAGGCAGAACUGCCUGACUACAGGAGCUUUAACAGAGUUGCCACCCCAUUUGGAGGUUUUGAAAAAGCAUCAAAAAUGGUUAAAUUCAAGGUUCCAGAUUUUGAGCUGCUACUUCUAACAGAUCCUAGGUUUAUGGUCUUUGCCAAUCCUCUUUCUGGCAGACGGUCCUUUAAUAGGACUCCUAAGGGAUGGAUAUCUGAGAAUAUUCCUAUAGUGAUAACAACUGAGCCUACAGAGGAAACCACUGUACCAGAAUCAGAAGACCUAUGAAAA